GGUGAAGGCAGGAUGGGGUGAGGAGCUCAGCAGGAAGCCAAGGUAACUGGGCAGAUGGCUCUGUGCUGUGGUGGAAGGGGAACUGGUUAUUGGGUGGGGGUUGCAGAAUGAGGGGUGAGGAAGAGAAGUAACAGAAUUGGGACCGGGAGAUGUACUCUGCACCCCUUUGUUGCAGGAGAUCUAGCUGUUGAUUGGGCAGAUACAAUUGAAAAUUGAAAAUAAAACAUUUUUAAAAAAUGCAUUAUUCAGGAGAGGCACUCUUGCACUGUGGCACAACAAAGGCAGGGCAAAAACCAGAACAUUUGUGGUGCAAAAAGCUUGCAUAACUAAUGAUUAAAUUUCAGGAGGAAGCUAUGGGGCAUGCACUGGUUGGAAAGGAAGCAGUAUGUUCCCCCGGAAACUUUUGCAGGUGGAAACAGUAUUGAAAAGGGGAUUGUGUACAACUGCCCUGAUACCACCAGGAGCACAAAUAAAAACUGAUGCACAAUAAAAAUGAUAUCCAGAGAACCCAGCAAAGCACAACUGAGACUGAACGAAAUCCUGCACAAAUAUGCCCUAAAAGAUUUUGCUCUGUAGGUGUUACUCAGCCAGGAUUUUCCCUUCGGUGGUUUUUUGAUGAACUUGUGCCAGACGAACCUGCUGCCCCAGUUCCUGUGGGUCCCAUAUUCUCACCCUCUGGACACCUCUGAAGUAUUAAACCGGGCUGUGGAGCUAGCUGCCUAGAACAAAGCAGUGCCCACAGCAGGGAGGAGGGUAGGGAAUGAAAGGUUGGUCCUCGCUUUGGGAUGCACAGCAAUCCCUGCUCAGAGCAAUCCCUGCUCCAAGGCUGGCACCAUGCAAGGGGGUUGGGCAGGAUGGCUUCCCAGUGCACAAGGGAUGUGGUAGGACAGGUUCUGUGGGUCAGGGCAGAGCCGGUUGCUCAAGAGGCAAGCCCCACAGUGCCCCACCCAUGGCUCUUUGGAGCUAGACCACAGUCUGUGAGGUUUGGCAAAGCACGGCGAACCUUCUCUCGACAGUUUCAGACAAGGCAGAUGGGCUUCUGUUGAUACUCCACUGUCCGCUCCCAGGUUCUGCAAGCCUCAAGGAGCUUAGCUUGCAAGUUACAAUUAGCAAUGCUGCGCGGUGCAAUCUCUUUCAUCACAGGAAGUGUCUGGGUAUGAGAAUGACAGUGUGGGAUGCAGUUGGGCUUGCCAUCUUAUUUUCUGUUCCUGUUGUUAAAGGCGCAGGAGCCUUGCUAGAAAAAUGUCCGUGACUGAAACACAGCCGGUGCAGGGCAGCAUCUCUCAGGACCAGAAACCUCUCAGUUGCGCUCCACGAAUGGACAGGGAUGGAAUUUGACUGCGGUAACCCUGCUGCAACAUCCACCUGCCACUAAAAAGGACUGUUCCUUGGUGGGGAAAGACUACCUUCUGGGUUUCAGGAGGAGAAAAGUGCAUCUUUCAAUUGCCCUGAGAAGCAUAGCUAUCAACUUACAGAUUUGAAAAUAAGGGACCAGCAGCCUCGAAAAUAAGGGAUCAGCAUCCAAAAUAAGGGAUUUUCCGGGCACAGGUAUGUUUAGCUUCUGAGCCCCUCCGAGCCAAAGGCAGAAAGCCCAGCCAGCAGCCAAACGAAGCCUCAUCAAUAAGGGACAGCAGCGGGACAUGGUGCUGGGAUAAGGGACUGUCCCGCCAAAUAAGGGACGCUUGACAGCUAUGCUGAGAAGGCAGGUAUCGCUUGUGUUUCCUUGCUGCUCAGGAGAGGGAACCAUGUGGCUUUGGUCAAACUGCCAAGACAGGAAGAGUAUUAGGCCAUUCAGUAAGAACCAGAAGGUGGGAAAUCUGGACUCACUUUUAGCUUAACUGCGAUAUCCCGAAACCUUGCAUGGAAUACGAGGGUCUUUUGUUUUUGAUGCUUUUCUGGAACCUUCUGCAUUUACACUUUUGCUUUUCAGAUGGAGGCUCCCCAGAAACACAGGUCCGGAACAGAUACGCCGUCCUUGUUGAGGUCCUACAGGUGGCAGACAGUUCUACAGAACGGGGAGAAGGAACCAGAGUUUAACCAUGCGACAUGGGGCAGCAGCAGCCGGAGGGACAAGUUACAGAAAUGGAGGCGAGUACAAAGCCAGCCAGAGACCGAGCUUUCUGAAUCUAGCCAUGAGCAUCCACAAGCACCAGCGGCCCCCCAAGACAGCAGAGCUGCUGCUAAGAGAUCCGUCUUCCAGAGGGCUUUCUCCACUCCGGCCAAAGUGCCCAAGGCCCAGGAGAGAAGCAGUAAGAUGAGUUUAAGGAAGUACUUGCGCUCUGUGUCCCACCGAAGGAACCAGGAGGGGACCCUCCGAUCGGAAAGGGAGACUAAGGAAGCGAGCAAAGGUAAGACAGCUCUCCCCAAGGGCAGUUUUGUGAUGGACACCAGCUAGGUUUCUGUGUUGUUUUGAACUAGAAGAGAGCAGACCAUACGUGCAGGACAGGCUGGGGGAAGUGGGUAGCUGCCUAAAGCUGGUUCAAGGCCUGACAUUGCUCAAAAACACCUUCCACAUCCUGUCUAGGGUUCUAUCGCCUAUGACUGAGAUAUCUUUUGAAAGCAUGAAGGCAGUGACUGGUGAAAUCCCAGGUGACAAUGCAAGGAGCAACGAGGAAUUGAUGCUUCAGUGCUCUGCAUGACUCUUUACCUUGCACAAACCAUAGUAUAUGCAAAAUAAAAAAGUAAAAAAUAAAAGUAAAGGACCCCUGGACGCACGGAAACGCCAUUUACUUUUCUGCCGCAGCGGUACCUAUUUAUCCUUUUUUUUCUUUCAAAGUUUCAAAAAACAAUUUUACACACACACACACACAUGUUUACAUUAACCCAUAAUCCAUUUCAGUACAUUUAUGGGGUUCCCUGAACCCCCAGACUUCCCCACACUCCUCCCUUGGCUUCCAUAAUUUAUCUUCCUUUUUUACUGCAUCUAAUUCAAUUUAUCUAAACUAUUACACUUCAACUUUAUCCUUUGUUGUUUUAAAUUAUAAGUGCUAAAUCAAUCCUGCUAACGUUUUUAAAUGUUUACAGCGUUCUUUAAUAUAUUCUAUAAAGUUAUGCCAUUUAUUAUCCUCUUGGUGCCUGAUCUUCCCAGUCAGGCUUGCCAUUUUGGCAUAGUCCAUCCCUGGGCAGAUAACAUUCUAGCUGCUGUUGCUGCAUAUAUAAACAGUACUUUCUUAUCCUUCGGUAAUUCUUCUCCUAUUAUACCUAAUAAGAAAGCCUCAGGUUUUUUAAACAAUAGUUAUUUUAAACAUUCCCCCCCCAGUUCAUUUAUAAAUCAUUUCGCAGAAGAGAGGGGUGGUACCUAUUUAUCUACUUGCACUGGCGUGCUUUCAAACUGCUAGGCUAGCAGGAGCUGGGACAGAGCAACGAGAGCUCGUGGGGAUUCGAACUGCUGACCUUCCAAUCAGCAAGCCCAAGAGGCUCAGUGGUUUAGACCACAGCGCCACCCGCGUCUCUAUAAAGAGCAAAAUAAAUGCCCUUAAUGUCCGUAUUUUAUUCAUGCACAGAAUUUGGGUUGUUUCAGCCAAGCUGACACAACCCAUAACUGUUCUGAUCGGUAUUAGAACGCAAAAAGAACCAAAGUGAAGUUGAUAUUCUGGAUUAAUCUGCCAAGGAAAAUAAAUGAUGUGAUACUAUGUCUGGGCUGCCAGUGUCUUCCUCUGUUUCUCAAAGGGUGAGCCUCUCCACCUCUCCAGGAAUUUCUCUCUUCUUGCCAAAUUCUGGGAAGAAUAAUGGUUGGUUUUAAACCACGGUUUAGAAACUAUUGUGCAAUAAGUAAGCAGCUGUCUGUCUUUCAUCAGGCUGCCGUGAAAAAAAGAACUGGUGUGGUGAUCGGCUGGGGAGAUAGUUAAAAGUUUAGGAAAGUGCAAAGUUCCUAGUCUUCUUUAAUUUACCCCUAUACCACAUUUCAGUUUAGGUGCAAAAUUGAAUGGGAUUUUCUUCCCUGUGGGGCAGAAGGGAGGAAUGCUGGCUGAACUAAAGACGAUGCAAAAUAGAUCUAUUGCUGACCCAGUUAAGCUGAAAUGAUUGACUGCAAACCACUUCCGUCCUAUUGACACCAUUCUGAAGUCAGUGAGGCUCUUGAUGCCUAAAGUCGUUUGAGCACAUCUGAAUGUGUUCUUUGAUUUGAUUCCAACUCUCAACCUGCAAAGGAAAAUCCCUUGACACUCCCUGCCCUCUCCUGCUCCAUUGCUUCUGCCAACUGCUAAUAAUACGGUUUGGGUGAGCUUAGGUCUUCCUUAGGUGUCUGUUUCAUGCCUUAGUUUGGUUUACUUGACUGCACCAUUUUAAAAAGUCUGCAUUGAAACAUGCAAGCUUUUUCGUUCUGCUGGUGUUGAAAUGACGGCCGUAGCAGCUACUUCCUUCACUUUGGUGAAAGGCUUUUCCUACGCGAGUUGGCGUUCCGCUCCAUAAAUCUGCACUUGUUUGUUGUGCACAGCCCACACUCCUUACCUCAAAGCAGCGCUUUUGUGGAAUGUGAUUGCGAAACAGCUGUGUCUGUGUGUGGUGUAUUUUAUAUCAUUUAUAAUAAGUGACACAUCCUCUCCCUUUGCUGCCAGUGCUAUCGCUCUGCCUUUUGUUCCCGUUUAUAUUUUAUUAUUUAAGUUUGUUUGUUUUAAAAGCAAAUAAACUAUUUAUUUGGUGGCGUGCUUUGGUGUGAACUCCUGCAUGCGUGGGAAUGCCUAGCCAGUUUUCUUUUCUUUUAAAAAAAGGUUUAUUUUUGCUUUUCGGGUUUAUACAUUUCACUAAUUUUUCAAUCAUUUUAACAUUUCAAAGCUUGACUUCCUUCCCCCUCUUUCUGUGGUUCCUUAAAUUUAUUUUUAAUAUCUUCUGCAUGUCCAGUUUAACUUAAUUUGCUCAUUUAUUCAUCUUCUUUAAAUGUAUACUCUUAUAAAACUGCAGGUUAUUACAAUAAUCCUGCCAAUGUUCUUAUCUGUUUACAAUUUGUAAAUAUUCAAUAAACCAUUUCUAUUCUUUUAUUAAAAAGUUUGUUAUCUUGAUUUCUUAGUUUUCUGGUGAGUUUUGCCAUUUCUGCAUAUUCCAUAAGUUUUUGUAUCCAUUCUUCCUUUGCUGGGACUUCUGCUUCUUUCUAUUUUGGGAUGAGUAACAUUCUUGCCGCUGUGGUCGCAUACAUGAAUAAGUUUCUAUACAGUUAAGGUAGUUCUGGCCAUAUAAUUCCCAAAAGAAAAAUGUUAAGUUGUGGGUGAACAUAUCAGAUGACACAGCGAUUCUUCCAAAGCAGCUCUUUAUUUGUAAGCUGGAACAGAACUAACCGAGGAGCUCAGUCAGCCUGCUUAUAUAGAGCUCCAGAACAAUAGUAACUGUUGCAACUUUCUAAAACUAUCCAAUCACAGAACGUCACUUUUCGAUCCUUCAUUUGCAUACAAACUAUCCAAUCACUGAACGUUACUUUCGAUCCUUCAUUUGCAUAACUAUCUACAGUAUCCCCCUGCUGGCCCAGGGUGAGAACAUCAGUACAUAACAAAAAACUUCUGUGGUUUUUUUUUUACAAACAUUUUUUAAAAAAUAUAUAUAUUUAUUUAUUUUCUUCCUUAAACAGUAUUUUCAACAUUACAAUACCAAACACAAAGACUUUCUGCUCUGCCCAGCAUACGACUUUCCUCCUUCCCUUCAGUAGGUUUUCCACUUUCAGAUCGCGCAGUUUAAAUCUUUAACCUAUUGUCCACAUUGUAGGAUUUAUUUCAAUCCUGCUUGUGUCUUCAGAUUUUUGCAAUUAUUAUUCAAAUAUGCAAUAAAUUUACUCCAGUCCCUUUGGAAUUUCUAAUCGUCCUGGUCUUGAAUCCUGCAAGUCAGUCUGGCCAUUUCUGCAAAGUCCAUCAUCUUCGCCUGCCACUCUGCAAUGGUAGGUACCUCCUGUAACUUCCACUUUUGGGCCAAUAAAGUUCUCGCUGCAACUGUGGUGUACAUAAAUAGUCUUUGGUCUAUCUUUGCAAUUUCCUCUCCCAUCAAACCUAGCAAAAAUGCUUCCGGUUUUUUUGGGGAAGGUAUAUCUAAACAUAUUUUUUAGUUCAUUAUAAAUCAGUUCCCAAAAUAUUUUUACUCUUGUCACAAGUCCACCGCAUGUGAUAAAAGUCACCAUCUGAUUCUUUACAUUUCCAGCAUGUUUUAUCUCUCAUUCUAUACAUUUUAGUUAACUUUACUGUUGUCAAAUACCAGCUAUCUUCAUUACAUUUUCUUUUAAUGCCAUACACUGUAAAUUUCAAAUUUUCAUUCCACAAUUUUAUCCAUGAAUCAAAUUCAAUGUUGUGCCCAAAGUCUAGUGCCCAUUUUAUCACCACUUCUUUCACUUCCUCAUCUUUGGUAAACCAUACUAACAACAAAUUGUACAUCUUAGAUAAAAGUUUACUUCUGCUUUCCAACAGAUCGAUUUUGAAAUCUUGAUUUUUUUGUUUUCAAAACCAACCUUCUUCUUAGCAACAUUAAAUGUGUCACUAACUUGAUGAUAUUGCAACCACCCUGUAAAUAAACCUUCAGUUUGAUCAUAUGGUUUAAGUUUUAAGCCUUGCUUGGUUUCCAUCAAAAUCUCUUCAUAUGUGGCCCACCUUCCCUCCAUAUUUAAUUUUUUGACCGUCAAUACCUCAAACAUUAUUUUAAACAACCCAGCCAGUUUUCUCUCUGUGUAUGUGUGUGUGUUUUAAAAAGAUGAGAUACAGUAGCAUGGUAGUGUUGGGCUCCAUCUUUUUUUUAAAGUCAUCAUAAACCUCUUAAAAAUAGGAAAAUAUUCCAAGAGGUAUGUGAGGGGUGGUGAGAGAGAGAGGAAGGAAGAGAACUUGUAGCAUCUCAAGAGCUAGCCAAUUAGUGCUCUGACUUCUGCUAUGAACAGGAAUACCUAGGAUGCAGCCACACAGCGGUUUAAUGUACAGUGGUACCUCGGUUUUCGAACAGCUUAGUUCACGAACAACUUGGAACCCGAACGCUGCAAACCCGGAAGUAGAUGUUCCAGUUUUUGAACUUCUUUUCGGAAGCUGAACGUGCUCUGUUUUGAGUCCCCCUGUGUUUCCUGUUGCGCUGCUAAAAUGAACUAUGAAAAGAAAAGAAGGGAAGUCAUUGAUAUCUUAAGGAUGUAAAAAUGAGUACUUUAGAUUGUAAAACAGAAAAAUUAAUACAAUGGUACCUCGGUGUACGAACUUAAUCCAUUCUGGAAGUCCAUUCUUAAACCAAAACCGUUAAACCAAAACCGUACCUAAACUGAGGCACACUUUCCCUAAGGAAGCCUCCUGCCGCUGGUGCCCUUCCACUGUUCGGAUUCCGUUAUUAGACCGAGGUAAAGUUCUAAAACCAAGACACUAUUUCCGGUUUUGCUGAGUUUGUAAAUCAAAUCGUUCUUAAACCGGACUGAUCUUAUACCGAGGUAAUGUGUGUGUGUGUGUCUCUCUCUCUCUCUCUGUGUGUGUGUCUGUGUGUGUGUGUGUGUGUGUGUGUGUUGUUUCAGCUUUAGGGAUCUGCCCUGUAUCUUCCGCUGUGAAGACGGAAUUAAUGCAGCUUCUCUGAAAAGAUCUUCUCCUGCUUUUGCCUGCUGUUGCCUUCCUUGUCAUCCAAUGGUCCAACCAUCUCCCUAGCUUAUUUCCUGUUGCUCCACAUUAUGUUGCAUUUUUGUGUUGAGCUAGGUAUACAAGUCUCUUUCCAUUGGGUUUUGGUUUCCUUUCCCCCGCCCUUCCUAAUUGCACCCAAACCCUCUAUGCAAAUUUUGUUUGGGAUUGUUAAACUGGCAAAUAAUUGCUAGCUGCCGCUCAGAGGAGAGGGCGGGAUGGGCAGGGCUGCUGUUGUGGGUGGGGAUGUCUUUCAAAGAUUAUCCUGUGGUGAUUGGCAUGUCAGAAGGAAGGUGGAACUGUGUGGCACAAGCUUUGCUGUUUUGCAGGCACUAACUGGCCAAUGAUGCAGCUCUUGGUAGUAGUGGAAACUGCAGCUCGAUGCUUUUCUGCUGCGAUUGACUAUGCCAACCCAUCCAGCUUUCCGAUCUCUAUCUGCAUGUAGCCGCACAAGUGCGGGCAGGAUCCACCUCAGGGACAGGAGGAGCCGGCAGCCACCCCCUCGUUUCCCUCUGACCUCUCCCUGUGCUUGAGUGGGAUAGAAAAAUCUCAGCCACCAGGAGGACAGCUGCGACUCAUAGGGAGGGCAUGAGAUGCUUGACUUUCCGGUGCCCACAGCCUGGCAGCGUAAUACUUGAAAAGACCCUAAAUGGUGUGCCCAUCAACCCCAAAACACCAGUACAGUGGUACCUCAGGUUACAGACUCCGCUAACCCAGAAAUAGUACCUUGAGUUAAGAACUUUGCUUCAGGAUGAGAACAGAAAUUGCGUGGUGGCGACAUGGUGGCAGUGGGAGGCCCCAUUAGCUAAAGUGGUACCUCAGGUUAAGAACAGUUUCAGGUUAAGAACGGGCCUCCAGAACGAAUUAAGUUCUUAAACAGAGGUACCACUGUAUUGUCAUUUUGUGUGUGUGUGACUCAGUGAAGCCAAGUUACAGGCUGUGCAACUUUCCAUUGUUCAAGGCAAAUUUAGCAAGGUGACCCCGGUCAUAAUGGUUGCGCUCAGCUUCCAAAUAGAUUUUGUCCAGUCUGUGUUAAGGGAUCCCAUUAAGUGGGUGAUUUGCACUUCCUGGAUUAAUAUGGAGAUCCGAUGUCCUGCCUUGGUUCUCUAGAGGUAGGGGUAGGCAACCUAAGGCCCAGGGGGCGGAUGCGGCCCAAUCGCCUUCUCAAUCCAGCCCAUGGACGGUCCAGGAAUCAGCAUGUUUUUACAUGAGUAGAAUAUAAUAAUAAUAAUAAUAAUAAUAAUAAUUUUUUAUUUAUAUCCCGCCCUCCCCAGCCGAAGCUGGGCUCAGAGCGGCUAACAACAGUAAAAAAUAACACAGCUUACAUAAAAUCACAAUCAAUUAAUUGAAAUACAUUCUAAAAUCAAUUCAUUCUAAAAUCAAUUCAAAAUCAAAUUAAUGGCAACCCUUGGGCUGGAGUGCUAUGAGGAUUACAGAGUGAGGGGGUCAGACUGCGCCUUGGCCAAAGGCCUGGUGGAACAGCUCUGUCUUGCAGGCCCUGCGGAAAGAUGUCAAGUUCCGCAGGGCCCUAGUCUCUUGUGACAGAGCGUUUCACCAGAUCGGGGCCACAGCCGAAAAAGCCCUGGCACUGGUUGAGGCCAGCCUAACCUCCCUGUGGCCCGGGAUCUCCAAGAUGUUUUUAUUUGAAGACCAUAAGGUCCUCCCUGGGACAUACCAGGAGAGGUAGUCCCGUAGGUACAAAUGUGUGCUUUUAUUUAAAAUGCGUCUCUGGGUUAUUUGUGGGGCAUAGGAAUUCGUUCAUUCCCCCCCCCCCCCAAUGUAGUCCAAUCCACCACAUGGUCUGAGGGACGGUGGACCGGCCCACAGCUGAAAAAGGUUGCUGACCGCUGCCCUAGAGGAACUCACUUUGCAAGGCAGCAAAGCAGCAAAGCAGGCCAGGUAUUGCAGCACUACGGAGAGCUCCAAGUGAGCUCCAAAGGUCUAGGGGUGAACUGAGGACUUUUGAGCCUUUGUCCAGCUGUUCAUUGCUGGGCUCUGAGGCCAUGGCAGAACAUCAGUUAUCCUUCAGUUUUCACACAUCUCUGAAUCUUAAGAUACACUUCUCUGGCCUAAACAAAAAGCAAACACUGUUCAUAAAUGCAUAUUGUAUGUUAGAAUGCAUAUAAAAUGCCCCCCUAUAUAUAAUUAAAUUUUCUUUUCUACAAUUUAAAGUACUCAUAAUUACAUCCUUAAGAUAUCAAUGACUUCCCUUCUUUGCUUUCCAUGGUUCAUUUUACAUAUCAUAAAUCCCUGCAUAUUCUACAGAAACUAUACCAUUCAGGAUGCCAUUACUGCAUCCAUCAAAACAUAUUUACACUGUUGAAUUUAUGUUAACGCUGCCAGCAUUUUCAGCUGUACACAGUUUAUAUAUAUAUGCUAAAUCUAAAGUUGCCUGAUUUAUUCAGUGGUGUUUAUCUAGUCUUUUAUAUAUUGUAUGUGUUUGGAUUAUCAAUGUAUGAUUUUAUGAUUUUACUGUUUUAACUUAUGCCAAUAAAGGCUAGUUACAAGUUACAAGUCACAAGGGCAUAGCAUAUAAUGGAAAGACACGUUGAUGGUAGUUACUUAGUUGGGAGGAAAAUAUAUUUUGCUCUCACGUCUUUAUUAGCAAGUAUGAGCCCGGGUAAACCCAAAUGCCUCCUUGUUCUUCUUCUUGCAGGUGAUGAUUCUACUGUCCAGUUAACCCAACUGACUUCGGCUGUGCCAACGGAUGCAACCAUCUGGGAUGUGGCCAAUGUGUCCCUGGUGGAUCGACAGCUAAUGGUCUUGGGCAGAGAUGAGGAGGUGGGGCCAUCUCUGACAUUCAAAACUGUAGGAGGGAGAAGGAGGGUGUGUGUGUCUGUCUGAGCACACCCAACACACGCUCGCAUGUCAAGGAAGUGUAUGCUUCUCAGGCCAUGAACUGCUGGCUGAGUGUUGACUGAAGCCACUGCUGCUCAGAGACCUGAGCCCAACUUUGCUGGUUAUGGAUGGCAUCAGUACAGUGGUACCUCGGGUUAAGUACUUAAUUCGUUCCGGAGGUCCGUUCUUAACCUGAAACUGUUCUUAACCUGAGGUACCACUUUAGCUAAUGGGGUCUCCUGCUGCCGCCUCGCCGCCGGAGCACGAUUUCUGUUCUCAUCCUGAAGCAAAGUUCCUAACCUGAGGUAAUAUUUCUGGGUUAGCGGAGUCUGUAACCUGAAGCAUAUGUAACCUGAAGCGUAUGUAACCCGAGGUACCACUGUACCUUAAAGGUUCCUGCCAAAUUUUCUACACUGCCAGUAAGGAUUCAUAGAGUAAUGGUCCUCCAUGGGUCACAGAUACAGGUCUCUCAACUCCCGGAAAGUAGAAAGGAAAAUGGGCCUUCUAUCCAGCCCCAAUGCAGCUCUCACUCUGGGGUGUGGGGUGGGGGAGCUAGGAUGUCAGCGCCUGGGAAGCAGAGCAGAAAUGGGAACUCUUAUGUUAAGCUUGUUCUACAGGAUCCAAUGAGAGAAAUGGGCCCAUUUUCCUUUCUGCUUUCCUGAAGUUGAGAAAUUUUCUACACUGGCUAAAAAGCCGCCUUCUUAACACACUGCUUUGGACCACGAGGGAAGUUGCCUCGUUUGUUUAUUUAUUUAUCUAUUAUUAUAUUUCAUCAUAUUAUUUAUAUACUGCCUUUCAUCAAAAGAUCUCAGGGCGGCUCACAAGAUAAAAAUACAAGGGGAAAGCACAAAUAAAUAGUUAAAAUGAAAACAACAACACAUACACCCCUCCCUCAGACACUAAAAAUAUAUAAUGAAGGCGCCAGGCGAACCUCCCUGGGGAGAGCAUCCUACAAAUGGGGGCCAUUGCGGAAAAGGCCCUGUUCAGUGUUGCCACCCUCUGGACCUCUUGUGGAGUAGGCACAUAAAGAAGGGCUUCAGUGGUUGAAUACAGAGUCUGGGAUGGUUUCUAUGGGGAGAGGCGGUCCUUGAGGUCUUGUGGUCCUGAGCCCCACCUUUUCCCUUGACAGGGACUCAAGGAGGCUUACAGCUAAAAUAGAAACAGCUAAAAACUUUGAGGGUGGGGGGAAGCAAUCAUGUAAAACAAGCAAACAUUUAUUUUUUAUUUUUUCUGUUAAAACAUACAGAUCAUUCCAAUAAAAGCAUCACAGCACUAGCCCUUUCCUUAAAAAAACAUUUAGCUCUUGUUGUUGGAACAAGAAAGUCUUCACCUGCUGUAGUGUAGAAGUAUGGGGAAGAGGGAAAUCAUUAUCAUCAUUAUCACCAUCAUCUAUUUUGUCCGUGGUGUUUGGUUUGCCAUUUUAGGGUCUGCUCCAGAAUGGGAAACGAGCCAGUUCUGCUUCAGAGUCAAGUUUACUAUACCCGCCAGGUACCCAGAGGGACAAUGGUGAGUACUGAGAGACUGCCAUAUGCACACACAGAGAGAGAGAGUCUGUUGAAAAGGAGAGCAGGGCGUUGGAAGGAUCCAGUCCUUGCCAGCCUCCGAGAUCAUGCCCAGGGUGUUUGUAUUUUUGACAUCAAAGCCCAACAACCCAAAUCAUGCGAGCCACGGAGUCAGAGCCCUACCAACCACUGGGAAGCUAGUUUUCAGUAGCCACCAACCUGCUCCGUAAAUUGGGAUCCUUUAAAUGAGGUAACAGAGCUGCUGGAGCCUGAACAAUGUCCCCUGGCAUAAGAUCAGGAGAGCCAUUGUAUCAUGUGUCAAAAUGUUUCCUUGAGAGCUCCAGUGUAGAAAGUACCGUAUUUUUCGCUCUAUAGGACGCACCGGACCAUAGGAGGGGGAGAACGGGGGGGGGGGGAAUUCUCCCCCUCUCUGCUCAGCGCCCCUUCAGCGAAGCAUCAGGAGAAACGGAGCCCCUUCCAUUUCUCCUCCCACUUCGCACUGCGCAGAGAGGGAAAACUGUGCAGCGUCUCUCCAGCGAAGCGAAGCCUGGAGAGCAAGAGGGAUCGGUGUGCACUGACUCCUCUUGCUCUCCAGGCUUCAGGCAGCUAUCUGCAAGCCUUCGGAGCGCAGCGGGAACUCCUGCUGCGCUCCGAAGGCUUGCGGAUAGCCGCCUGAAGCCCCCGGAGCACAGUGGGAGUUCGCGCUGCGCUCCGGGGGCUUCAGGUGGCUUCACGUUGCUAUCGCUGAAGCCAAGGAGCCUGUAUUCACUCCAUAGGACGCACACACAUUUUCCCUUCAUUUUUGGAGGGGGAAAAGUGCGUCCUAUAGAGCGAAAAAUACGGUAUUUGUGACCAUUCAUUUCGCAGGCCCACCUCACCCGUGAGGGCAAGGUGAGGCGGGUCCACGGGAGCAGCAGGUCCUGAUGUCAAUCUUUAUUCCCCCCGUAUUCCCGAUAUAGAUCUUCCCUCACUCCUGCUUCCCUGGUGGGGAGGGGGGACACCAUUUUGGGAUCCGCCUCUGGCGCCAAAAUGCAUUGGGUGGGUCAGAAUUGGGCUGGCAAAGAGCCUCAGUCCAGGAUACAGAGGGAGCAGCAAAUGGUGAGCUGGAUGCUGGGUACUGGGUACCCAUCUUCCAGGAGCUGCCUCUUCUGGCCAACAUGACAGGCAACCAGCCCACUUUGCUUGGUCCAUUUUGCUCCCGACAGAAAUGCUCAUCGAGGGAAGAAGCUUCUUAGACUCACAGACUCCCGAGAAAAGACCCUGCCAAGAGACUUCCUCUGGCUCGCAGCUCAGCAAUGUGAAGGUACAGAAGAUGUUCAGUAUUUUGCAGGUUCAGGGAGCCCAGACUGGUGCUUGCUGGGAGCGGAGGAGAGAGGGGGGCCUUAGGAGGGAGGCAUGACUCCUCAAGGGAGACUACGAAGAGCUAUUUCAUUUACCGUAUUUUUCGCUCUAUAACACGCACCCGACCAUAACACGCACGUAGUUUUUAGAGGAGGAAAAUCCGUAGGCAUGCCACCCGUAGCCAUUCCCUCCAUAACACGCACAGACAUUUCCCCUUACUUUCUAGGAGGAAAAAAGUGAGUGUUAUGGUGCAAAAAAUACGGUAUAUAUUAUUAGUUUUUUUAGCAUAUCAUUUUCUACAAUUAUUAAACAUACUUUUAUAUCUUAUACAAUUUUUCUGACUUCCAUCAAUCACAUCUGAAAAUCUUCCAAUCUUUUUCACUUAAUUUACAUUUCUUACUUUCACUAUUACAUUUAAAUAUCAUAACUAAUGUCUCACUUCUUUCUCUUCUUUGCAAUAUUUCAUAUAUUCCUCCUUACAAAACUUCUUGUAGUCCUACUAGCAUAAUUUGUUGAUUACAGUUGCUCUUCAAAUAGUUCCAAUUUUCUGUAAAUCUCUGGUUUAAAGGUGAAGGGACCCCUGACCAUUAGGUCCAGUCGUGACCGACUCUGGGGUUGCGGUGCUCAUCUCGCUUUAUUGGCCAAGGGAGCCGCUUCCGGGUCAUGUGGCCAGCAUGACUAAGCUGCUUCUGGCGAACCAGAGCAGCACAUGGAAACGCCGUUUACCUUCCUGCUGGAGUGGUACCUAUUUAUCUGCUUGCACUUUGAUGUGCUUUCGAACUGCUAGGUUGGCAGGAGCAGGGACCGAGCAAUGGGAGCUCACCCCAUUGCGGGGAUUCGAACCGCCAACCUUCUGAUAGGCAAGUCCUAGGCUCUGUGGUUUAACCCACAGUGCCACCCGCGUCCCUAAAUCUCUGGUUUACGAAGAACUAUUUCAAAACAGCACUGGGCUGAGCGGGCUCAUGAUGGUCUGGCUUGGCAUAAGGUAGCACCAUUAUCUGACCUGGGGCGCUUGUCAGAUGAGACCUGUGUUCGUCCAGAUGUUGUCGGGCUCCAACUCUUGUCAGCCCCAACCUCCAUGGUUGAUAGUUGGGAGUAGUGGGUGUUGCAGUCCAGUCGCAUCUAGAGCAAACCAAGUUCCACACUCCUGUUAUGGGGCAAGUCACACAGAUAAACACUCUUCUGCGCUCAGAAUUCCUUUGUUUCUUCAUUUAUUUAUUGCAUUUAUUACAUCUCACACCAUCUCUAGGGGCUGCUAUGGAAACGCAUCAAGGACCGGAAAGGACGGCUCCAGGCCAAGGCUGACUCCUCUACUGGACUUGUUGCUAAUGGUAACAGGUAGGCCCUGAAGCCAGUUUGGAACAGAAGCGUCCAUUGUUUUCUGUCUUUUAUGCCUCUUUAUGGAUGCAAUGGGAUGCAGGUGGCGCUGUGGGUUAAACUACAGAGCCUAGGACUUGCUGAUCAGAAGGUCGGCGGUUCGAAUCCCCACGACGGGGUGAGCUCCCGUUGCUUGGUCCUUGCUCCUGCCAACCUAGCAGUUCGAAAGCACGUCAAAGUGCGAGUAGAUAAAUAGGUACCACUCCGGCGGGAAGGUAAACAGCAUUUCUGUGCGCUGCUCUGGUUUGCCAGAAGCGGCUUAGUCAUGCUGGCCACAUGACCCGGAAGCUGUACGCCAGCUCCCUCGGCCAAUAAAACGAGAUGAGCACUGCAACCCCAGAGUCGGUCACGACUGGACCUAAUGUUCAGGGGUCCCCUUUACCUUUACCUUUUAUGGAUGCAAUGGGCCCCAUUUCUUUCCGCCUGUGUUUAUAUUUCCUGAGAACUAGAACGAAACCAAGGUUAGAUCAGGGAAUUUAUCUAAUAACUUGGAUUGGCUGCAUUAAAUGCUGGCACCAUGUCUUCUUCAGAGGGGGUAGGAUGCUAUGGACAUUUUGUCAAACUCACCAUGCCUGAAAGGAUGCUCUGUUUACUUUGUUGCGGGUACCAGAUUGCUUCACAGCCACUCUGUUUGGCUGGGGGCCCACAUGGCCUUUCCCCCGGGUUGUGAUGCUAGGAAGGGGGGACUCCCUUUGAACCCUGUAUGUGCUCGCCCCCUGAUAGGGUUUCACUCUUCUUCCAACAUCUCCUCCAGUUCCAGGUUGGUGCUGCUAGGAAAAUGGCAGGAAAGAAGACAAAGAAAGCUGUUAAGGGAGGGACAAGCCUCUGAUAACUUUUUCUGCCGGAUGCUGCAAAGUUAGUUUAAUUUGAACAGAAAUAAAAGUCUUAAUAAAAUAUGCAAGGAAGGGAUAAUAAUGCUUCUGUUGGUGAUGGUGUCAGAUGUUCAGGGUUGUCCACCCACACUGUCUUCUCCUAUCCUGGCCCCUCUUGUCACUUCCUCCAGGGAGGCCCUUCCUGGCCCGGCUGUUCUCAUGGACUUGGGCAACGAAAAGGAUGCCUUGAUCCGCCCACUUCACAACAGCCUUCUGGGAGAGCGGUACUGCUUUGAGGUAUGAGCCUAUUGUCAUCCCUUGACCUGAGAAGCUGCAUUUCUCCAGUUAUGAAGGAAGACGUUCAGAGCCAGGCCUUGGGAGCUUGACCCAGUGAUGAAAGAAAUGCCUUCUGUACGCACUCGAGGACUCUGUCUCCUCCAGCUGGUCCAAGACGUGGAGAACUCGGCUUCCCAACCUCAACAAAGCUGCCUUCAGGCUGAAGCUCAGUCAUCUGUGUUGUUUUAUCUAUAAAGCUGUCGUGGCUACAUGAGGGGCUUCAAGAAGCUCUUUUGUUGGGACUGGACCUGUAGACGAAGCAGAGGAGCAUAUUUUGGGGAAGGAGUAGGGCAAAGCCAGAGGCUGGCCAUUCUUAGAGGGAGACAGCAAUGCAAGCACUUUUUUUUAAGCUUACGGCGAGGCCCUAGCAUUGGCACUGGGAUGCAGUGCUGAUGCCUGGCUUGGAUUAAACCCUGCCUCUUCCUUGUCACUCCCAAGUCCCCCAGGGUUUGGUUGCCCAUGGGACAAACCCAGCGUGUGCUCUUAAGCACAACCCUUCCUUCCUCUUCUCAGGUGCUGAGCACUGGGGGGCGCCGCUGCUUCAGCUGUGGCUCUGCUGCCGAGAGGACCCGCUGGAUGGAUGACUUGCGCCGGCUUGUCCAGCCCAGUAUGGUAAAGAAGCAUCUUCUGUACUUUGUGCUGCUUGUAAAGUCCCACCCCUACUUCGUCUCCCCUAAUCUAUGUCAGUCCUGCGUCGGUUAAUCUGAGCUUUCUGCCUCUGAGCUCUCUGUUCUAAUACCUUCAAUGCCUGGUCCGCCGGGGGAUGCAGUCAGGAAUGCUCUCCAAGGACACUGGACUCUGUCAGCUGUCUCUCCCCUGGUGCUUCUUCUUCUUCCUGCUGUUCCUCUUCCAAUAUUUCCCAGCUUCUCCCCUCUGCAGCCUCUGAACUCUGCCCUUCUGCAAACCACUGAUCUAAAUCUAUACUGUCCUCCUCGGGAAGGUUCAGAAGAAAGGGGGGGUGGUCCCCACCAUUCAUCUUCAGUCCAGCCCCUGACAUCUGUCCUGUUCUCUGCACUUGUCCACCCCUCUCCUCUGGGGCAGAAGUUGUGGCCUGACCAUUCCACGGUCUCAUAGAAGAGUUAGCACUGCUGUACUUAGAAGCAAACACAGGCCCUGAAUUCCUCCCGUCUUUUGGCCUUGUCUCUGCUGGAUUCUGCUUCCAUUGUUUUUUGUUUCCCUUCCAGCUUUUUUAAUUAAAAAAAUGAACUAAGUCACUACUCUUUUAGUUCAUUUAUCAAUGCGGGUUCAUCUCUGAGCUAUAUACAUUGCAUAGCACAUAGUUAAAAUCCACAGUGGACAAGUGCAUUCAAAGUCAUUGCACAAGGCGUUUUUUUCAUUGGAUGCAAAUUCAGGUUCCUUCCUCCCAACCCCCAAUAACAAAAUCAAGCAAAUUAAAUUUAACUUUGAGAAUGAAACAUAUAUUCUGCCUCCAUUGUUGAACUAGAUGACCCUCGGGGUCCCUUCCAAGUCUACAAUUCCAUUAUUCCACCUUGACCCACCUUCCGCCUUCAACCUCAUCCCACUUGCCUCUUGCUUUCCCUUCAUCCUGCGUUCAGUCUGCCUCUCGAGUGACAGAUUUCCGGCUGCAUCUGCUUGCCUUGCUCCAUGUCUCGGUGUUCCUUAACCAAACCGCUGGCUCAAUUCCCCAGGACAACUGCGAGCGGAUCGAACGCAUGCUGAGCCUCUGGGUGUACGAAGCCCGCGACCUUGUUCCCAGGAAGCGCUACCUCGGCGAGGUGCGACUGGAUGGGGUCCUCUACGCUCGCACCACAACCAAGGCAGCCAGCCCCACUGGAACCAUCUUCUGGGGGGAGCACUUUGACCUGAAGACUCUUCCGCCAGCAGUGGAGCUGCAGGUCUGCGUGGUGCAGGAGGAGGACGGGCAGCAGCGGGCAAAGGGCAGCCCGGUUGCCAGCAUGGCCGUUCCCCUGAAGGAGCUGGCUGCGGUCCGCCAGCCCUUGGAAAGGUGGUACCCCUUGGGCAGAGACAGGCCCAACACGCCCGCCCUACGGCUACGUGGACGCUACUGCAACAUCCGAGUGCUGCCCAUCGUGCAAUACAAAGAGUUUGCUGAGUAUCUCACCUUCCACUAUCGGGAGCUGUGUGCCGGACUGGAGCACAGCCUUAACGCCCGGGACAAGGAGGAGCUGACGGGGGUGCUGGUUCGCGUCCUGCAAAGCACAGGGAAAGCCAAGGUAUCUCUUUGUUUGCAAAGGUUCAGGGCCGGCCCACCCGUGAGGCUAGGCAAGGCGACUGCCUUGGGCUGCAGGAUCCACAGGGCCAGCAGAUAUCUAGGACUAGAUGAUCCUCAGGGUUCCUUCCAGCUCUAUGAUCCUAUCAUUCUACAUCUGGAAGGGACCCUGAGGACCAUUCAGUGCAACCUCCUGCAAUGCAGGAAUAUGCAGCUGUUCCAUACGGGGAUUGAACCUGCACCUGUCAGGAUGCUGUCAGCGGCUCCUGGCUGGCUGCCCAGGAAAGUAUAAAGACGGGGAAAGGUUUCUUACUGUCCUUUUUUAUUUCAAUCUUUACAGAGAGGCCAUAGAGCCCAGCCUCUUGGAUAGUGGCAUUGUCCCAAGUGAAUCUCCACCCCCCGUCUCUCCCACAUUCUCAUCUCCUCUACGGGUUCUUCUACGUGCCCUUUGCUCUCCUACUUUUAAGGCUCACUGUGUUCUGGGAGAUGGAGGGUCUGGAAUGCUUUCUAAUGACAAUGUGUCAGCCAGCUGCCGCUCUGAUUCUGCCUUCUCCUCCUCAUUAUUUCCCAACUUUCCUCCUCAUCUGCCUCUGAGCUGUGACUUCCCGCAGACCACUGUUGUAAAUCUAAAUUGCCUUCCUCUUCCUCCUCCCUGGGAGGGUCAGGAUGGGGAGGUGGUCUCCGCUAUGACUCCUCUGCCCAGUCCUAGACAUCACCCUUGGCAUUAUCAGCACCAUGCUCUAACCAACGGUACUAUUGAGGCUGACUUAUCCCCACGACCACCUUCAGCGCUAGAGGUGCCGGAACUCACCAUGAACACCUCCCUCAUUCUCUUAGAAUGGCAAUGGCAUCCACCUGAGAGGUUCUGGAAUUGCAUUCCAUUGAGUUCCAGCUGGGGGAAAAAAAGCUCUGAUGUUCCUGAUGUAGAUCUUCACCCAUCCCUUCUUCCCUGGCAGGGAGCGGGACGCCAUUUUGGGAUCUGCCUCAGGUGCCAAAAUGUCUUGGGGCUGGCCCACAACGUAGAAGAUGGGAAGGCCUUGGAUACAACAGCUGCACAGCCAGUUCAAAGCUGAUUCCCCUCACCUGUCAUUGUGUUCCGCUGGUUCUAGCCUUCCAGCCUGCUGCCCUUCUAGGGUUUUCUAGUAUUGCAGGGUUACUAAAGUGGCUCUCGGAAGGCCAGGUUUGCUGCAAGAAUAACCCUGGACUGCUUUGCGCUUUCCCAGAGCUGCAGCAUGGACACAGGGCCCUGGAUAUCACUAGGUUGGGAGCCUGGUUCAGAAUCAGGAUUCCAGGGUGAGUCAGUUGGUAUGGGAGAUCUCUGAGGAAGGGUAGGGUUUGUUCAACUAACCCUUCCUGUCUUGUGUUGCAGGACUUUCUCAUUGACUUGGGUGUGUCAGAGCUGGACCGUUUCGAUGAGCGCGAAGCACUGAUUUUCCGUGAAAAUACCCUUGCCACCAAAGCCAUCGAUGAAUACAUGAAGCUGGUGGGAGGCCCUUACCUGCUGUCCACACUGAGUAAGUUGGCAACUGGCGGAUAGGGGCGUGCAGAAUUUUCUGAAGGAGCUAGUUAGGUUUCCCUGCUUGAUUGCUGCCAGAGGAAACUCCAGAGUUUGGGCCUCUAGCAACAAAGAGUAUUGCGCUCCUUUAAAGACUUAACAUAUUUUAUUUUGUGAGCUAGAACCCACUUCAACAUCUGCAUGAGUGCUAUCCUCAGUUGCAGGAUUGGUACAGAAUGUCAUUCUUCUCUGGUUAAACUUAAACUGGCAGAUUAAGUUGAUGGAUUAUGCAGAAAUGGCAAAAAUGACUGGAAGAAUCAGAAAUCAGGAAAACCAGAAUUUUAAUAAGGAAUGGGGAAAAUUUAUAAUUUAUAAUUAAAAGUAAUUGUAAACAGUUAAAAUUGUUAGUAGCCUUGGAAUAACACGUAGUUUAAUGGUGAAUUUUGGAUAUAAUGGAGAUGUAAAAGAUUUGAAUUAUUAUAAAAAAUGCAGGAGGAAAUGACUAACAAUAGGACCCACAAAGGGGAGGAGGGAAGUCCAGGAGAGUCUUUGAAAUCUUGAUUUUAUGAUGUAUGUUGGAUAUGUGAGCGUAAAAUGUUAAUUUGAAAAACCAAAUAAAUAAAUUUAAAAAAAGAAAAGAAGUGGCAACAGAAUGCAAAAAGUACAGCUUGCAACUCUCUAUGGCCUGUAAAAGUGUGGGCGAGAGGAUAGUUAUUAUGAUGAUUAUUUUUUUAGUAGGCUGUCGGUCAGUAUGCUUUCUUUACUAAGUUAUUAUUGAUGUUUUGUAAAGUGUUUCUAAUGUCAUGCACCGCCUUGAGAUCUUUUGAUAAAGGGUGGUAUAUAACAUUGAAAUAAGAAGAAGUCAUUUUGACCUCAGGUCUAUGCAAAAUGACCCUUCAUGGCAGUAUUAGCUGGGAACGCUCAAGUAGUCUGGUCAGUGCCGGAUUUAUGUGUAAGCUAAACAAGCUAUAGCUUAGGGUCCCACUCUAUGGGGGGGGGGCAAAAAACAUUAAAGGAAAAAACUGGAUGUACAUUUCCAAAAUACAAGAUAAAAAACAAAUAAAACAAAACCUACAUACAGCAACAGUGUUCUGUGUUGUGUAGGCUCCUAUGAUGUAAGUCAUGGGCCCCGCCUGCUAGCCUGCUCCCUAAAAUACCACUGGUUCACUCAUUUCUAUAUAUAGGGUGCCUACAUUCUGCAUGGCAACAUGUGCAAAUGGCUUUAGAUACCUAUUAGGUCUAUAAAUUAUCAUAUAGCAUAUGUUCAACACAAAAAAACAGAGGUAAUUUGUUGUUGACAAAGGACAGCUGGAUAUAUAAAGGGCCCCAUUACACCAACCUAGCAGUUCGAAAGCACAUCAAAGUGCAAGUAGAUAAAUAGGUACCGCUCUGGUGGAAAGGUAAACGGCGUUUCCGUGCGCUGCUCUGGUUCGCCAGAAGCGGCUUAGUCAUGCUGGCCACAUGACCCGGAAGCUGUACGCCAGCUCCCUCGGCCAAUAAAGCGAGAUGAGCACCGCAACCCCAGAGUCGUCCGCGACUGGACCUAAUGGUCAGGGGUCCCUUUACCUUUACCUUUACCUUCAGUUGCUUAGGGCCUCAUCAAACCUCAAUCCGGCCCUGAGUCUGGUCUUCAUUGUGGGUCAUGUUGUAGUCCAAGGUAUCCCUGUUGUAACUCUAGCCAACACUGUAGCCUGGCUGAAAUUAAAGCAUGAGGCUGUGUUGCAGGUGAUAUAGUCGCCCAGCCAUACACUUUAGAGGACAGCUGUGAAGUGGAUCCCAGCAAAUGUGCGCCGUGUGACCUGGCUGACAACCGCAGCAACCUGCAGCACAUCUGUGAAGAGAUCUUCCGGAGGAUUGCUGUUUCUAGCCAGUGAGUGCUUGAGUGGGUCAUUGGCGGGUGGAGGGGGGCAGACGCUCUCCCCACUGGGCCUGCAGAAGUGAAGCCAGGGGCACCAUUUGUGGUUUUCUGUGCCCGCCACUAUGCCUCUCAUUCACAGAGUAUCGAGCCAGAAAGUUGCAGUCCAGGAUCCCUCUUACGGCCCCCUCAGCCAGGCAGCACUCUGGCCCAAAUGAAUGGGAAACAGCAGUGUGGGAAUGUUCAGGGAUGCAGGAGAGGAUAUAUUGUUUGAUUAUAACCUUUCCAACUUGUGUAAACAAGUUCACAAUUUAGCAGAGUAACCUUCCCCUUUUUAAACUCACAGCGGAUGCGUUUGCUCAGGCUCGCUAAAGCCUCUAUAAUAACUGUCCUGGUAUUUCCCCCCCCCCCCUUUAUUGCCUCAUAAAAGAUAAGACAUGCCACAGUCUUCUAUAAAAGUAUAAAAAGAGUUUACUCACUCACAUUCUGUUCAGAAUCGGAUCCCAGAAGGCAGACUUAGCUUAGAAAAGCAACAUACACCUGGAAACUACCUCAUAAGGAGACAGUCCCUUUGUCCUCUCUUGGCUGGAGAACAAGAGAACAUCUUUGGCUAAGCAGAUGUUGCUUCUUCGACGAAAGUAGUCAUAGAGAUGGAGAGAUGGCGGCCAGUCCUAUGCUUUUGUUACCUGCACAGGUGAGGCCACGCCCACCUCUAGUCACAUGCAGAGGAAGUCUGUCCCAGCCCAGAAGGAAACAGGAAGUUUACCUGCUGGCUGGACAAACAUUCCUCCCCAUGUGUAAACAUGUUCACUCUAGGAAUGUUGUACUUGACUGCUCUUGUGUUUCACAUUCCACAGGCAGGGCAUUCAGUUUGAGGAGGGGCUCCCCGAGAUGUCGGGGCUCAGCAAGCGCUACCAGAGUGUCACUGUUUUGGGGUGGGAUUCAGUCAAGUCCCAGGAAGUUCAGGCUGCACAGUUCAUGCUGAUUUGGAGCUCUUGUGAAACAAACCCACUUCCCCCAAAGAUUGGAUUUUUUUUUUUAAAAAAAUUGCGAUAAGGAAAGGGUGAAAUGGCAGCUGCUUGAUGCAGAUUUGUCUUAUCAAGAUGAUUGCUCAGUAGAUAGCCAAGGUUGUCUAAUCUCUGUAAACAAAUUGGGCUGAAUGCUCAUUAAACAGGCUGCUUGGAAGCGACCUUAGUCAUAAUGAAAAGAGUGCCUUUGAUUCUAUGCAGGAUAAGACAAGCAACUCUCAUAUCUGAGGACAAGAGAAAGGAUUUCUAGCAGAGUGGAUUGCACUAUUUAGGUUAGUGCAAUUGAAGUGGCGUGCUCCAUUACCCCUGGGCAACAAAUCCAUUAAAAAACCCCAAAACAAACCUGUAGCCUUUUUGCAAUUAGGAAAGUGACAUAGAAAUGCCCUGAGAAGUGUGGGAUGAAGAUUAACAGGAAUAUUUUUACAUAUGCAACAGCUGCGGCCCAUGUUUUGUUAGCCCAAAAAUGGAAAAUGAGCCAGGUCCCAACCAAAGAAGAGUGGCAACUUAAGCUGACAGAAUAUGCACAACAUGCAGACUUAACACAUAGAAUAAGAGAACAAGAAGAACAUACGUUUAGAGAAGAUUGGAAAACAUUUAGUGAAUAUAUGGGAAAUAAUUGUGUACAGCUGAAAACGCUGGCAGCAUUAAGAUAAAUUCAACAGUGUCAAUAAGUUCCGAUGGAUGCAAUAAUGGAAAACUGAUUGGUAUAGUUUUUGCAAAAAUUGCAGGGAUUUAAGAUAUGUAAAAUGAACUGUGGAAAGAGAAGAAGGGAAGUCACUGAGAUCUUAAGGAUGUAAAAUGAGUAUUUGAAAUGGUAAAACAGAAAAUUUAAGAAAAAUUAUAUUUAAAGAAGAUUAACAGGAAGACUGCAAGGAAAUCAGGAUGAAUGCUCAUUGUCAUAUACUGUAAGCACCCUAUAAGCAAAUCAGAAGAAACAUUCAAUCAAGUAUGGACUGUGGGCCUCUCGAGGCAGGUGUAUCCUGCAAUAUGUCAUUGUCAGUGAUAUAUUUAUAAUAAAUAAAUUUAUAUUUAUAAUAAAUAAAUUUAUUAGUUCUCUAAUUCCUCCCCAAUGUUUCCACAUUAUGCAUGUCUAGGUGGGCUCUCUUGCGCUAUAUAGUACAGGAAAAGUGGGACGACAAGAAUCCCCAGAACAUUUGUGGGAUUUGAACAAGAAGCUAUAGGUCAUUCACUGCUUGGAAUUGAAGCAGUACAUCUGUCCUGAAACCUCUGUGGGCACAAACAGCAUUGGAAGUGGGAUUGCUUAUACUGUAACUGCCCUGAUAUUUUAAUGAAUGUCCAGAAACAAGGAUAUCCAGAGAGGCCCAUAAUCUAACUGCUGUUUAAGCAAAUCAGGAUGAUUGCAGAAUAAGCAGAUUGACAGGAGGAGUCCUCAGAGUUUCUGAGGCCAGUCACUGAGCCAGCCAUUGGCAAAUCAUUACUUUGGCUCAGGUAACAAUGUGAACUAGUCAAGAGACCUUCCUUGGGUCUGUUAUUGUUCACCUUCAGGAUGUGCUUCUGUCCAACUCAGCUCUGUGUCACUCCGCUAGAACGGCAGCCAUUGUGGGGAGAGCGGGGAGUUUCAGCUGAGGGAUAUUCCUGGAUCUUUCCCCAAAUGUCCAACUUCCACUUUAAGCGGCUGUAAAGUAUGAGGAAAAAACGACGGAGCAGUAUCAUACUGCAUUGUCCAAUAAGCGGCAAUAAUGCCUGACUUUGUCAUUGUGUGCAAAAAACGCUGGCAUCGCUGUCAAGCAGAAACUGAUAAUUUUAUGAAACGGGGUGUUAUUUUAUGAAUAUCAUAGCUUCAGAUGUCUUAGUCGGUUUUGGCUUGUUCUGUAGCGAUUCCCUAUCCUAUCCAGGUGUUCUGUGCGGCCCCUUCAUCACAAAAUGUCUGCCCUCAGGCCUUCUCACAGCCAGCCAACUCCUUCUUUUCUGUCUGCAGCUCCUUCCCAGCUGAGCUCAGUGAGGUCUUCACUGCCUGGCAGGAGGCAUGCCAGCUAAGGGGCAAAGCCAGCAUCGGGCAGCGCCUCAUCUCUGCCUCCUUGUUCUUGCGCUUCCUCUGCCCGGCCAUCAUGUCGCCCAGCCUCUUCGGCCUCACUCAAGAGUACCCGGAUGACACCACCUCCCGCACCCUGACUCUGGCAGCUAAGGUUAUCCAGAACCUGGCAAACUUUACCACGUAGGUAACUGUGGCCCUGGCUGUGCCCAGCAAGGGUGAUUCAGUAUGAGGCUUGAGAAUGGCUUGGAAUACUCCUCCAGGCAAGUCCUCAAAAAAAGAAAAAACGUCAGGAUUUGCACUCAGGGCAUUGGUAUCAGUGCAUGGGUUUCUUUGCAUGUGAAGAAUUCACAGCAAGGAAGGGUAAUUGUGCUUUCUUUCAGAGGUUUAUCAACUUAGCUUAAAACGGCAUUUUCGGUUGGCAGUUUUAAAAAGAAUCUGAAAUGAGCACAAACAAGUAGGUUGUUUAAUCGUUCAAUAUAAUAAGAAAUUAAUUACAGUGGUACCUUGGGUUAAGAACUUAAUUCGUUCUGGAGGUCCGUUCUUAACCUGAAACUGUUCUUUACCUGAAGCACCACUUUAGCUAAUGGGGCCUCCCUCUGCCGCCGCACAGCUGGUGCACGAUUUCUGUUCUCAUCCUGAAGCAAAGUUCUUAACCCGAGGUACUAUUUCUGGGUUAGUGGAGUCUGUAACCUGAAACGUAUGUAACCUGAAGGCGGCCCUGUUUAGGGAAGUUUUUAAUGUCUGAUGCUGUAUUGUUUUUAAUAUUCGGUUGGAAGCUGCCCAGAAUGGCUGGGGAAACCCAGCCAGAUGGGGGGAGUAUAAAUAAAUAAAUUAUUGUUAUUGUUAUUGUUAUUAAUAUUAAUAUUCCAUUUUCUGCAGGUUUGGAGAAAAGGAGGCGUACAUGAGCUUCAUGAAUGAGUUUCUGGAGCGCAACUGGGGCACCAUGAAGUCAUUCCUCUGCAGCGUCUCCAGCCCUGGCAGUGCCAUCCACUUGCCAGCGUAUGACGACUCCAUUGACCUGGCCCUGGAAUUGUCCAUCCUGCAUUCCCUGCUCUGCAACAUCUUUUCUACCCUGGAAGAGGUACCAGCUGCCUGUCUUGUGUGGCACCUCCACUUGGAUGGGCUUGGCCUGCCCCCUGGUGGCAAGAUGCAUUGACUGGGCCUGCUCAUGGGUAGCGGGGCCUAGGAGGAGCCAACAAUUGGAGCCAACCCAUCAGGGACUUUGCAUCUGUCAACGCCUGUCAUCCAUGUUCCUCAGUCCCGCUGUAUAUCCCCCUCCCUCCUGCAGCUCAUCGGUGGCUUAUACCAGCUAUUUUACAUAAAGGUGCCAUCAGUUUGGCUAAUAUUGUUAUGGGCUGCUUACAGGCGGGUGUUUAUUAUGGGAUGGGUGCUCCUGAUGUAGGGAAGCUUUUUUAUUUUUUGCAGUAACUCCAUGACAUUCUUGGCACCAAAAGGUCAGCCCGCAUUUUCUCACUGUCUAAUCCAAAAUUUUCAUUUUCUGCGAAAAAUCCAAUAAAUAAUAACCACAAAUCCCUGCUAGCCAGCUAUCAGUCUGCAAUAUCUCAGUGACCCAUUCGCAAAUUAAGUGUUAAAUCUGGAAGAGAGGAACUCGGUGACAUUGCAGUCAGGAAGAAAAGGAAGUGAUUUGAAGACACGAGAGAGGGAGCAGUUUUUGUGAUGGGAUGUGUGAAGGGUAUUUGUUUCUGAAUUUUGAAAUUCACCAUUUAUUCUUCAAAUAUAUUUGCUCAUUCAGGCAGGAUUGCAAGGGGUAGGUGUGGAGUUAAAAUAAGGUGUUUGUGUAUAUUUUAACAAAUGCAUACAUGUGAAUUUUAGGGUCUGAUCCAGGUGUGAGUGUGAUCCUCUGCUCCCCUUUGUCAGAAGGAGAGCAAAUCCUUCGAUCAAUCGUGCCACACCAGUAGCAGUGGUUUCUCAUUUUUGCAAGCCCUCUGACUGCGUUCUUCUUACCUGUACUUUUUGCUCUGUUGCAUAUAAGCGGACAAAAGACAGACUGGAGCCUCUGCCCACAAUCCUCCGUGCUAUACAAGAGGGGACACCGGUUCCUGUCAUCGUUCGACUUGGGCCCAGUGCAGAGGACAGGUAACAAACGACUUGCCUUUGGCUCUUGGGGUGGCUGGCAGGGAGGGAUACACUGAAAUCGCAGCAAUGGUUGCUGGCUCUCAAGGCUCAAAAAGAAAACCAGCUUUCAGGGAAAUCCAGGGGAAAGAUUUUGACCAUGUUCAGGGUUGAAAUAGGGACACGGGUGGCGCUGUGGGUUAAACCACAGAGCCUAGGAUUUGUCAGAAGGUCAGCGCUUUGAAUCCCCGCAACGGGGUGAGCUCCCGUUGCUCGGUCCCAGCACCUGCCAACCUAGCAGUUCGAAAGCACGUCAAGUGCAAGUAGAUGAAUAGGUACCACUCUGGCAGGAAGGUAAACAGUGUUUCCGUGCGCUGCUCUGGUUCGCCAGAAGCGGCUUAGUCAUGCUGGCCACAUGACCCAGAAGCUGUCUGCGGACAAACGCCGGCUCCCUCGGCCAAUAAAGCGAGAUGAGCGCCGCAACCGCAGAGUCGGCCAUGACUGGACCUAAUGGUCAGGGGUCCCUUUAUCUUUACCUUUAGGGUUGAAAUGGCCACCACAUUUAGUGCUGGAAAGGCAUUUCCCCCAGAUGGGAUUGGCUUGUGUCCUGCCAUGGAGUUUCUUUCUUUCGGUUUGGGUGUGAGGGGUUGGUUGGUGAUGAUGGUCGGUUCCCGGAUGAUGGGCAGUAGUAAACAGAAAGCAGUAAACGCCACCACUGUACCAAGUGCAAAAUGAUGCACAUCCACGUCUCAUUUAUCUCCUACAACAAUUCAAAGUGUUGGUGCUGACCUUUAAAGCCCUAAAUGGCCUUGGCCCAGUAUACCUGAAGGAGUGUCUCCACCCUCAUCGUUCAGCCUAGACACUGAGGUCCAGUACCAAGGGCCUUCUGGCGGUUCCCUUACUGUGAGAAGUGAGGUUACAGGGAACCAGACAGAGGGCCUUCUUGGUGGCGGCGCCCACGCUGUGGAACGCCCUCCCUUCAAACAUCAAGGAAAUAAACAACUAUUUUACUUUUAGAAGACAUUUGAAGGCAGCACUGUUUAGGGAAGUUUUUAAUGUUUGGUGUUUUAUCGUGUUUUGAAUAUUCUGUUGGGAGCUGCCCAGAGUGGCUGGGGAAACCCAGGCAGAUGGGUCAGAUAUAAAUAAUAAAUAAUUAUUAUUAUGGUCCUACAUCUUGGAUAGAGACUAGGUGAUUUCCUGGAAUUUUCAGAAGGCCUCACAGGCCCUUGUUUACUUCAGCCCCAAUUCCUGGCACCCACGUACCUCCUUGCCUGAAAUGAUUCUCCAUGUUUUGCAUGUUCAAAUAUCAGAUUAAAAUCAAAGAAACUUGAGUGCUUUAUGCCAUUUUAUAAAAAUGCAUAUAUUUCAGUUUUGCUAUUUUUACAUGAAAUAAGACCAUCCCUGCUAUGUGCCCCCCAGCUCUACUCACACACAGUAAAAAAAAAAAAGGUAAAAGGUAAAGAACCCCUGGAUGGUUAGGUCCAGUCAAAGGCGACUAUGGGGUUGCGGCGCUUAUCUCGCUUUCAGGCUGAGGGAGCCGGCGUUUGUCCACAGACAGCUUUCCAGGUCAUGUGCCCAGCAUGACUAAACCGCUUCUGGUGCAACGGGACACUGUGACAGAAGCUAGAGCGCACAGAAACGCUGUUUACCUUCCCGCUGCAGCGGUACCUAUUUAUCUACUUGCACUGAUGUGCUUUCAAACUGCUAGGUUGGCAGGAAGCAGGGACAGAGCAACGGGAGCUCACCACGUCGCAGGGAUUUGAACCACCGACCUUCCGAUCGGCAAGCCCAAGAGGCUCAGUGUUUAGACCACAUGUUCAGUAAAGAAUGACAGCCAGGGCUCAUCUCUCUCUCUCUCUCUCUCUCUCUCUCUCUGGCUCUGGGUUUGACAAGUUCAAGUGCUGCCUGUUGCAUUAUAGUCACGCUGCACUCCCACCCUUCCAGCCAGUGUGGUGUAGUGGUUAAGAGCAGUAGACUCGUAAUCUGGUGAACAGGGUUCACUUCCCCGUUCCUCCAUGCAGCUGCUGGGUGACCUUGGGCUAGUCACACUUCUCUGAAGUCUCUCAGCCCCACUCACCUCACAGAGUGUUUGUUGUGGGGGAGGAAGGGAAAGGAGAAUGUGAGCCGCUUUGAGACUCCUUCGGGUAGUGAUAAAGCGGGAUAUCCAAUCCAAACUCUUCUUCUCUUCUUGUGUUCCAGACAGGCGGAAAACCAGAAGCCGGGUUUUGUGCCCCCACGGGAGCUGGGCAAGCACAGUCCUCUGAUCAAGAGCCAGUCCAUGACCAGCAUUCAGAAAGGCCGAGGGAAGGAAGAGCCGCUGGCCCCUUUGCACCCAGUCAGAACCAGGACCAAAGUGCAGCGCACCCAGAGCGUCCCGACUCAGAACAAGGCAGCCCGACGUCUCCAGAAGCAGAGGAGCACCGAGCACGUGGCCGAGAGCAGGGAGAGCAGCCCUCGACUUUGUACCUCCUACCCGCAUGGCGCCAGCAAAGCAUCCCAGGUAAUCAGGGCUCUAGACUGGCCCUCUUGACUACUGGUGGCCCACAACUGCCUGCAGCUCCACACAGGUUCCCUGGAAAGGCGUAAAGGACCAGAAUCUGUAAGGCCCACUGGGAGUGCAGAAUAGGCACCAUCAUGGGGGUCAUUCACUGUCAUAGAAUCAUAGGAUCUUAGAGUCGGAUGGGACCCCAGGGUCAUCUAGUCUAACCCCCUGCAAUGCAGGAAUCUCAACUAAAGCGUCCAUGACAGAUGGAUGUCAUCUUUAGAGGAGUCAUGUUUGGAGAGUGAAUAGGGUCUGGGUGAUGAAGGGUGGGCCUUUCUUCUUGACACAGGACAGCACCCUUGUCUUCCAUGUCACUUCCCUAAUUUGUUUACCCAGGAAUCCCACUGCAAUAGUUCAAAUCCCAGGGUGAGCUCCCAUUGCUCUGUCCCAGCUCCUGCCAACCUAGCAGUUCAAAAGCACACCAGUGCAAGUAGAUAAAUAGGUACCACUGCAGCAGGAAGGUAAACAGCGUUUUCAUACGCUCUGGUUUCCGUCCCAGUGUUCUGUUGUGCUAGUAGCGGCUUAGUCCUGCUGGCCACAGACAGAAAGCUGUCUGUGGACAAACACUGACUCCCUCGGCCUGAAGCAAGAUGAGCGCCGCAACCCCAUAGUCGCCUUGGACUGGACUUAACCAUCCAGGGGUCCUUUACCUAGUAAAAUAUGCAGGUAAAAUGAACCACGGAAAGAGAGGAAGGGAAGUCACUGGAUAUCUUAAAGUUUGUAAAAUGUUUAUUUGAAAUUGUAAAACAGAAAACUUAAUAAAAAUCAUUGCAUAGUAACAAUAAUGUUGAUUGUGUUCUAGGGGUAUCCGAAGCUCCACCCAUCUGCCUCACUGCCCCGGAAGCCCACUGUGCCUUGGCUGAGGCACUCUGAAGAAGCAGCUGCCCAGCAAAGUAGCCUCUAUGCCAUGCAGCCACUGGAACAGGUGGGAGAAUCACUUCCACUCAGAAUAUCAGACCCAGACACCCCCACUCCUGAGUGCAUGUGCUAGUAGCACUUUGUAUUCUGGGACCAGAGCGGCAGUCCACUAUUGACUUGAGUUAGUUGUGAUUUCUCAAAAAAAUGUUGUUCUGGGCAAUGAUGUUUGGCUAGUUUAGAGGGGGCUUCCACCCUGCACUGCUAUGUCUAGAAAGGGAUGAAUUAUGUCACCUGGAGGCAGUCUUUUGUUCCAGUACACUUAGCUACCUACGGUAGAGUCCCCUUCCGCCACAGAACGAAAACCGUAACCCUGUUUCACGCUUGGCAUCCCAACAUUUUACAGACUUGAGAAGGCGAAUGGGAUAGCGGGAAGAUUCAGGACCUUCAGAUGCUUCUGUAAUGUUUAGAGUUAGGAAGCAGGCCUGUUAAUGUCAUCCCUAGGCUAUAAAAAGUGAUGGUGGAGGACUGGGAAUGCCUCCUAACAGGCUAAUGGCCCAGGCAAGAUUUGAACCCAGGACUCAUCUCUCAGGGCUUAUCCACACUUACCCCAGCUCUAUCUAGGCACGGUCCGUGUUUAAAAGGUCUUUGUCAGGGUGCGUGUGUUUUUGCCCUAGAGCUUUCUCCAUGAAAACCCACUCUUUAAAGCUCAGUCGGAGCAAACAGCCACCUGCAGAAAAUCCACAUUGACUUUUGCUACGAUUGAGUGCUAAAGAGUAGGUUUUCACAGGCGAAACUCUGGGCAGAAAACAAAACAAAAACACCAUGCUAGGACACAGAGCUUUUAAGUGCGGACCUCUGACUGGAAAGAGUGGGGCAAAAGUUAGGUGUGAAUAAGCCCGAUGCCCUAGCGGCAGGAUUCCUGCCUCUGGGCCCCUUGCCAUGGCUAUGACCUUGCUUCUGCCCCAUUGACCCUGUCCAAGGCCACCCAGGAGAGAGAGGUUCCACUGCUUCAAGCCCCUGGCUGCUCUAACCACUACCCUUGUUUACCCCCACAGUAUGGGAAGCAGAUGGAAGAGCUACAGAUGGAGCUGACCACAGCGAGGGAGAAGCAGCAACUCUUCGAAGAGCAGCUGGAAAGACUGACGACCCAGAACCAAAUGCUGCUAGAGGAGCAGGCCAAGUUCCAGGAGCGGGAAGAGGCUCUCUGCAAGAGGCUGGAGGAGACCGAGAGCUGCCUUGUGCAGCUAAGCACCAGGUGAGGGAUCCACGAGAUCUUCUAAAGACCUGCAUGGUCACCUUAGCUCUGGUGCCUUGGCUCCUGGAAGCUUUUCAGUCUGUCCCUGAUUUGAGGGCCUUGUCACGAGGCACUGUCUUUUUUUAAAAAAAACAUUUUUAUUGAUUUUUACAAAUAAUUUCCAAAAAUCAUAUAACAUGCUUUCUUAUCUUAUACAAUGUUUUGGACUUCCAUUAACUACAUCUGAAGAUUUUCUUAAUCUGCAUUUCAUUAUUUUCAGUAUUACAUUUAAUACUCCUUCACUAAUAAUUCUUAUCAUAGUUUUCUCUGCAAUAUUUCACAUAGUCCUCCUUACAAAGCUUCUUGCAAUCCUACUAGUUUAAUCUGUUGCUUACAAUUGCUUUUCAAACAAUUUAUAUACUAUUUACCCCAGUCCUCUGAGAAGCUCUGAUCCUGCAGCUUUUUAAUCCUUCCUGUCAUCUUAUCCAGUUCUGCAUAGUCCAUUAAUUUCGUUUGCCAUUCUUCUUUUGUCGGUAGUUCUUCUGGUUUCCAUUUCUGUGCCAACAAUACUCUUGCUGCUGUUGUUGCAUAUAAAAGCAGUUUAUUGUCUUGUCUAUUAAUGUCCUCACUUCAUGAGGCACUGUCUUGGCCCAAGUCCCCUGCUAGGAAGCAAUACGAAGAGGACAUUUUCUGGAGCCAGAACCAAGCUGACCAAGGGCAGCUGCCUUGAAUCUUGGGAGUCCAGUAGGUAGUUGCUAGGACACAAACCACUUGUGCCAAGUGACUUGGUUGAAAGAAGGUCAGCUGAUGAGUUAAAUCCUGCUCAGGUCGGCAGGAUUCCAUGCAAACCACAUCAGAUCCACUGCUAAAAUGAAGGAUUUUUCAUCUGCUUUUGAACAAGGUUUAAAGAAUGGGUUUUGCAUUAGAAUCCCCUGCCAAAAUGAAGGGGUGGUGGAAAUCUUCAUUUUAGCAGCUCCUUAUAAGGUUCUUUGAAGUUCCAAGUCCGAUGAGGAAGUAGAGUAAAAAACGUUCCCCAGUGGUUUGGUGUAUCCAGUGUGAGAAGAGUUUUGCAUCUCUGUCCUUUGUCAGCCUUGUGAGGUCUUGUAGGCCUUGGGCUGAGAGACAGUGACUUGUCCAAAGCCAGCCAGUGUACCUAUGGUAGGGACUGAGGAGGUUGAAACCAGGUCUCGCAGCUUGAGUUCGCUAGAUUAUACUGGAUCCUCUUCUGUUGCAGGGUGACUAGUGUAGAGACCAGCUGGAAGAAGGAUCACGAGAAGCUUCGAGCUAGUGAGGAGAAGACCAAGAAUCUGGUAAGGGCUCUCUGUAGCCAUUCAACCCGGUGGUCAAGGGGCAGGCGCAGGAGAAAAUGGGGAGCCACUCAGGGGAAUUGCUCAACAAAGGCUCAGGAACUAAACAUCUUCCAAGAUAAUAAUGCCCACUCACAUCAUAAAGAGCUCAUAACCCACCUACUGUCGGCAGCCAGAAACAUCAUAGCCAGACAUUGGAGAGAACUAUCAGGAAUGAACAUGGACCAAUGGUAUCAAAUAGUGUGGGAAAACAGCCUUAUUAGGAAAACUAACCAAAAUAUCCAAUUCAGGUAAACUCCCACUCUCCUUUUUUAAUUUAAUUGAAAAUUUAAAUCUUUACGAUGCUUAGAGAACAAAAAACUCCAGGGUAAAGGAUAUAACACAUUACUCUGAAGCACAUAAAUCAGGUGGACGAAUUGAUGCAAUUUGGGUAUCUAAAAAAUUGAUGUUGAAUCUCGAUAAAGCGGAAAUAUUAAAUAGAUCUAUAUCAGAUCACAAUCCUGUGGCAAUCUACAUGAAAUUCAAAAGACGUACCAAAGGUAGGUGGAGAAUGAAUGAUGAGGUGUGGAGAGAUGAACGAAGAGUAAGUAAAGCGAAAGAAAUCUUGAAAGAAUUUUUUGAAUUAAAUGAGAACCAAGAUACAGAUAGGAAAAUAAUUUGGGAUGCGAGUAAAGCGUUUAUGAGAGGGUACGGAAUACAGCAAAUGGGGAGAAUUAAGAAAAAUAAGGAUAAUAAUAUGAUGGAAAUAAAUAAACAAAUAAAAGAAAAAGAAUUGGUAAAAAAUCCAAAAAAUGAAGAAACGCUUCAGAGUAUAAAAAAAUUACAAUUGCAUUUAUCAAAUUUAUUGAAACUGAAAUGGGGACAAAUAGAAGAAUAGAAGAAGUAUGGGUCCCCUUUAUCACAUACACAGCCCAACAAGGCAAUAACAAGAAUCCGCCGACAGCAUAUGAAUCAAUCUGGCUAACCUGAUCCAAACACACACACUCUCACACAAAAACAAAUUUCACUACAGCCAACCAGAGACAACCAACCACACCCUAGGCCACCCCCAACCUCUCUCACCACCAAGGAAAUACAACAAGCGAACAGUAAGAGAACCCACACAAGUGACGCUGACACAAAACCCCACAGAAGAAGAGAAGCAUUGCCACCCCACCCCACCCCACUCACCGUUCCCCCCUCUUUUCUUCCUAACCUAACACUGCAUGCAACACUAAUGUCUCACAACAAAUGAAACUGAUCUGUAGAAAACACAACUUGAAAAAAGAGAUAGUGCAUGUAUUUUUGUAAACUAAGAAAUCUUUAAUAAUUUUCUUUUUAAAAAAAGGCUCAGGAAGAGUAGAAGCAUCCGUAUCUCUUUUAGGAGGCACACUCCAAAGGGAUAUUUCAGCACACAUGCCCAUUUCAUUGCAGUAAGAUGUGAGUCGCUGGACCAUCUGCAAAACGCCCACCUGAUUGUUUUACUGCACAUAGAUAUGCUGAAGUUAGACAAUUGAUUCACUGGGGGUUCGGUGGCCCCUGCUUGCCCACUGCUUGAUUUGUACAGUGAGAGGUGCUGGGGCUUAAUAAUAAUAAAUAAUAAUAAAAUUUUAUUUAUACCUCGCCCUCCCGGGCCAGAGCUGGGCUCAGGGCAGCUAACACUAGUAAAAUUACAAAUAAAUAAAUAAAUUAAAUAAACCAAUUUAAAAUACAGGCUAAAAUAUAAUUUAAAAUGCAGCCUCAGUUUAACAGUAGUCCAUAGAUCAAAAUCAUAGGGGGAGGGAAACAUAAGGGUCAGACUGAGUCCAAACCAAAGGCCAGGUGGAACAGCUCUAUCUUGCAGGCCCUGCGGAAAGAUAUCAAGUCCUGCAGGGCCCUAAUCUCUUGUGACAGCGUUCCACCACGUCAGGGCCAGUACUGAAAAGGCCCUGGCCCUAGUUGAGACCAAUCUAACCACCUUGCGACCUGGGACCUCCAAAAUGUUGUCAUUUGUGGACCUUAAGGUCCUCCGCGGGGCAUACCAGGAGAGGCAGUCCCGUAGGUACGUGGGUCCUAGGCCGCAUGAGGGCUUUAAAGGUCAAAAACGGCACCUUAAACCUGACCCUGUACUCCACCGGGAGCCAGUGCAGUUGAUAAAGCACUGGAUGAAUGUGAUCCCACGGCAAGGACCCCGUGAGGAGCCUCGACGCGGCAUUCUGCACCCGCUGGAGUUUCUGGGUCAGCUUCAAUGGCAGCCCCGUGUAGAGUGAGUUACAAUAAUCAAGCCUGGAGGUGACCGUCGCAUGGAUCACCGUGGCCAGAUCAGGGCGAGAAAGACACACAAGCCAACUCUUUCUCCAAUGUCCCCUUUGCAGGAGCGCCGCCUGUCUGGGAUGGAGAGGGACCACGACCAGCUCCUCCGUGCCGUCGGUCAGAUGCUGGGAUAUGCAGGGAAACCGUCCAAUGCACAGCAGAAGCCCCUCUCGGGGCCAGUGUGGGUGGACAGGGCUGAGAAUGGGGACGAGACCUAGCCCGCUUCCCUUCGCGUCCGAAAAUGCAAAGCUGGUGCAUCUCCGUAGUGGAAACUCUCCUCUCCCAGGACAGCCCUGGAAGUCUCUCCAAGGGAACCUUCCUGCACAUCGCUCUGGUGGAUCCUCCAGCUGGAGCCCACAGGGAGCUUUGCUUCAACCUCCCGUGCCUUCCUCUCGGCUUUGAUUCCAGCGCUACGCAGCCAUCGCCACCCUUUCAUCCCCGCCUGAGACGGCAUCCAUUCCACAAGCCCCGGCUCUGCUUUCUGGCUUCAGCUUUCAUCUGCAACAGCUGCUUUCCCUUCUCUUCUGAGACGAACCAUUUCUCCUCCCAUCUGAUUUGCCCCCCAGUAUUUUCAUAUCACAAGGGACGCGGGUGGUGCUGUGGGUUAAACCACAGAGCCUAGAAUUUGCCGAUCAGAAGGUCGGCGGUUCGAAUCCCCGCAACGGGGUGAGCUCCCAUUGCUCGGUCCCUGCUCCUGUCAACCUAGCAGUUCGAAAGCACACCAGUGCAAGUAGAUAAAUAGGUACCGCUCUGGCGGGAAGGUAAAUGCUGCUCUGGUUCGCCAGAAGCAGUUUAGUCAUGCUGGCCACAAGACCCGGAAGCUGUACGCCGGCUCCCUUGGCCAAUAAAGCAAGAUGAGCGCCGCAACCCCAGAGUCGGCCAUGACUGGACCUAAUGGUCAGGGGUCCCUUUACCUUUACCUUAUUUUCAUAUCACAAUAGCAGAGAUGUGGGUGUUUAAAUCUGGACUUUUCCCAACUAUAUAGAAAGGAUGUAGGCUUGUUCACACUUCACUUCUCCCAUGUCUAGAAAGCACGGGUCUGAGAGGUUUUCCACUUGCCCUGUUUGCAAAAACCCGAUUACUGUUUGUUCCAAUUGAGCGCUUAACCACUCCAGGGGGAAAGUGGCCAGGAAAAUGUGGAUGAUCCCAAAUUGCUAGGGUUGCCAUAUGUCUGGAAUUUCCCAGACAUAACGGGAAUACUGCAGUUAGAAGCAGUAUAAUGUCUGGGUUGUAAAUUGCUUUAAAAAGCUCUUGGCCAAACUUUUGUGUCCGGAUUUUCACUUUUUGAAAUAUGGCAACUGUACUAACUGCGAAUCACCUUCUUCUUCUUGCGAAUACAGUGGACCCUCUGGAUACAAAUGUAAUUCGUUCCAGGGGUCCGUACGUACCCCGAAAAAUCCGCAAGUAGACGCGCCGCUUCUGAGCAUGUGCAUGGCAUGAUAGAGCGCUUCUGCGCAUUCACACGUGAUGAAAGAAUACCCUUCUGGGUUUGCCGCGUUCGCAACCCGAAGGUUACGUUACGCAACGGUCAUGUAACCCGAGGGUCCACUGUAUAGCCCAUCAAGCAAUAAAGGCAUAAAAGUGAAAGCACUUGUGUGUGGACAAAGAUACGCAAUUGUACACGCAGAAACAGCAGCCCAAUGUACGCAUGAAUGCCCUAGUGUGGACACAGCAUAAAAGAGUGAAGGGGGAAGAAACUGCAUCUCUCUGAGCGCACCAAUUGCCUCCCUGCAUCAUUUUCUCUUAGCCAGGCUCACUUCCAGUGUCAGAAUCUGGCCAGGUGGCAGGGUCAUUCUCCUGGAAGACAAAGACAGGUGAGAGAAGUAAGCCAUGAACAGAGAGAGGCUCCAUACCUUUCACGCCUGCAUCUCCUUUGCUGAGAAUCAAUAGUUUUUGUCUUUCUGCCAGGCUUGUUUCGGCAUGCCUGUAUAAUCCAGCAUCUGCCACUAAGCUAUGCAAUGUCUCAACUUUUCUUUUACCAUGCAAAUAUAAUUCUGGUUUGUCAGUUUUGAGAUAUAUAUGUUACGAAAUUGCAGUUUUUCGGCAGGUACGAGGCUGUGGG